AACAAACCACAAAACUGAAUACACCAUGAUCAUCACGCGCGGAAUCUCCGUAACGAACUUCUUCGUGGCUUCGUCCGCCCUCGCCUUCCAAGUCUUCGUCCUAUACCCAUGGCACAAACAACUCGAUGAUGGAUUUGAGGCCCUGAAGAAGGAACACCUCCGGGUGCUUAAGACGCUUGAGCAGUUACAGCAGGGGAAGGAGAGGGUUUCGGCUGCGGAGAGGGUUACAUCGGCAGUUCAUGUCUAA